AUGGACGUGCCUCAAUAUUGGCCAGUACAUUUUUAUCAUGAAUGCCUUUUGUCAAUAUGCAGUCACAGCAUUGAGAAGAUAGCCUGGGAUGCCUCCGGAGAGCGUUUGGCUUUAUCUUACAAAGACGGGGAUGACAUGUACCAGGGUCUUAUUGCUGUAUAUGAUGUUAAAAGGACUCCCCUGAUUUCAGCAUCAUUAAUUGGGUUCAUUAGGGGUCCUGGAGACCAUCCGAAGCCAAUAGCAUUUUCAUUUCAUGACAAGUUCAAACAAGGACCAUUGCUGUCUGUGUGUUGGAGCAGUGGAUUUUGCUGUACUUAUCCCCUGAUAUUUCGUGCGAAUGGUCUUACCUAGUCAAGCUGAUCAUUUGGCAGGUCAACUUAUGUAUACUGUUCUCAAAAGCUAAUGAGUGUAUCCUUCACUGCUGUAAGAUCCUAAAGCAAGGGAAGUGUAAAUGAUGGUAUGGUGUAUUUUAGGAGGUACGCUACGAAACAGAGUCUCUUAUUCGACGCAUAAAUAAAAGAUUGCUCUUACUCCCACCCUCUAUUCUAGGUUGAUUGAUCUGCUUCACAGGUAUAUUUUGCGUAGUUGCGGAGGAAAAAAAUGUUCAUGUAGUCUAUUGGAUUUUGCCUGUAGUUCUUUUUUUAUUUAACCAAUUUGGACUUCAGACUGGCAGUCAGACAACAUCUGUAUACUAUGGCAAAAAUUUUGCUCUUGAACUUAUGUAUCAUUAAUCUCUCUUAAAUAUAUGCAUUUUGACAGUUUGAACAGUUCUGAAUUCAUCUA